UGAGGCAUUUCAUCACAGCGUUGAAUGAGCAAUUCGAUUACUUAAACCCACCCCCACCCCCAAUUGCAUUUCCGUUCCAGUUCGAUCUUUGGGUCUUCUUCUUCUUCUUCAUCUUCUUCCAUAACCGGUGCCUGUUCGAACUGCACGCCUACACUCUCUGGUUUCCUCGCAGAUUGAUCCGGGUCUGAGCCAAACCCAGGCUCCUCUAGUCUAACAUGGCUACGUAUACGCCGAAGAACAUCCUCAUUACUGGAGCUGCUGGGUUCAUUGCAUCUCAUGUCGCCAACCGCCUUAUUCGGAAUUACCCUGAAUAUAAGAUUGUUGUGCUUGAUAAGCUUGACUACUGUUCAAAUCUUAAAAAUCUACAUCCUUCUCGAUCAUCCCCCAACUUCAAGUUUGUUAAGGGGGACAUUGGCAGUGCGGAUCUUGUCAACUUCCUCCUUAUCACUGAAUCCAUUGACACAAUAAUGCACUUUGCAGCCCAGACUCACGUUGAUAAUUCCUUUGGUAAUAGCUUUGAGUUUACCAAAAACAACAUCUAUGGCACACACGUUCUACUAGAGGCAUGCAAGGUCACGGGCCAGAUCAGAAGGUUCAUCCACGUAAGCACAGAUGAGGUGUAUGGAGAGACUGAUGAGGAUGCAGUGGUGGGAAACCAUGAAGCUUCUCAACUCCUUCCUACAAAUCCGUACUCUGCCACAAAAGCAGGGGCAGAAAUGCUUGUUAUGGCUUAUGGGAGAUCGUAUGGGUUGCCUGUGAUAACUACUCGAGGAAACAAUGUUUAUGGCCCCAACCAAUUUCCUGAAAAACUAAUCCCAAAGUUUAUCCUCUUAGCCAUGCAGGGGAAACCUCUCCCAAUUCAUGGGGAUGGUUCUAAUGUGCGGAGCUAUCUUUACUGUGAGGAUGUUGCUGAGGCUUUUGAAGUUAUUCUUCACAGGGGAGAAGUUGGGCACGUCUACAAUAUUGGGACAAAGAGGGAGAGGAGAGUGAUUGAUGUUGCCAGGGAUAUAUGCAAACUGUUCUCAAUGGAUCCUGAAACAAGCAUUAAGUUUGUGGAGAAUAGACCCUUUAAUGACCAGAGAUACUUCCUUGAUGAUCAGAAGUUGAACAACUUGGGUUGGUCAGAGCGAACAAUAUGGGAAGAGGGGCUGAAGAAGACAAUAGAAUGGUAUACCAGUAACCCUAAUUGGUGGGGAGAUGUCUCCGGAGCAUUGCUUCCUCAUCCUAGAAUGCUAAUGAUGCCUGGUGGAAUCGAGAGAGCUUUUGAUGGGGCAGAAAAUUGCAUCCAUGGAACCUCUGAUUUUUCAAGUACUACUAAUCAGAGAGGGAUGGUGGUUCCAUCUCCAAAAAGCAGCAAUUCUCCUCGGAAACCCCCCUUGAAGUUCUUGAUUUAUGGUAGGACUGGGUGGAUUGGUGGUUUACUUGGGAAGAUAUGCGAGAAACAAGGAAUUCCAUACGAGUACGGAAAGGGCCGUCUGGAGGACCGAUCGCAACUCGUGGCAGAUGUUCAGAAUGUCAAGCCCACACAUGUUUUCAACGCUGCUGGUGUGACUGGCAGGCCAAAUGUUGAUUGGUGCGAAACCCAUAAAACAGAAACAAUACGAACCAAUGUUGCUGGUACCCUGAACUUAGCUGAUGUUUGCAGAGACAAUGGACUUCUGAUGAUGAAUUUUGCUACUGGAUGUAUAUUUGAAUAUGAUGCUGCUCAUCCUGAAGGAUCUGGCAUUGGGUACAAAGAGGAAGAUAAACCCAAUUUUACUGGUUCUUUCUAUUCGAAGACCAAGGCCAUGGUUGAGGAGCUCUUGAAAGAGUACGACAAUGUCUGCACCCUCAGAGUCCGAAUGCCCAUAUCGUCAGACCUCAGCAACCCCCGCAACUUCAUUACUAAAAUUUCUCGUUACAAUAAAGUGGUCAACAUUCCCAACAGCAUGACCAUCUUGGACGAGCUGCUCCCAAUUUCAGUAGAGAUGGCAAAGCGAAACCUCAGGGGCAUAUGGAAUUUCACCAACCCCGGUGUUGUGAGCCAUAACGAAAUUCUGGAGAUGUACAAGAAAUAUAUAGAUCCCGGCUUCAAGUGGGUCAACUUCACACUCGAAGAGCAAGCCAAGGUGAUCGUUGCCCCUCGAAGCAAUAAUGAGAUGGAUGCUUCUCGGUUGAAGAAGGAAUUCCCCGAGUUGCUUUCCAUAAAGGAGUCCUUGAUCAAGUAUGUGUUCGAACCCAACAAGAAGAACAUGGAGUAACAUUUCAAAGACACAGACGGUAGGCAGUUAUGGUUUUGGAUCGAUUGCCUCUUAUUCGAAUCUAGUAUUGCAACUAUUCGUUCCUAGGUUUCAUUUGAUACACGUGAAUUUGGUAGAGAUAGCGAACAGGAUGGCUCUAGGAGACGUCUUCAGUUGAGUUUCUAGUGAAAUGUUAGCUUCCUUUUUGCGAGGAACUUAUGAAUACAGGCUGCUGGUGACAUAUAUUUGUUAUAAUCCUCAAGCUUAAAGGGGCUACUGCUUUUGCA